AUGGAUUUCUCCCCAAUUCUCUUCACUGCUCUAACGCUCCUCAGCUCCUGCACCUUAACAGCUUUGGCUACCCCCGCAGAAGGCCUUUCUACUAGCCCUAUCGAAGACGGACCAUUGCCAAAUAUCGUAUUGUUUGCAAUGGCGGAAAUCAAAGACGAUGCGAACCCGGUGGAUCAGCACAAUGCCACUGCGACUCCAUCGGCACUUUCCUCUGCAGUGACAAGGGGUGCCGGAAGUUGUGUGGAUGUCAACAAACUUAAUCACACACAAAAGUCCCACGACACUGAUAAACCCCUUCAGCGCUCCACAGUCCACGACGACACAGACAUUGGCAUAAUCUGGCACAAUCUCCACGCGGACUCUGAUUUCACCGUCUUCCGUAAGAAGUCAGAUGGAUUUUGCGCGCGUGGUGGAUGCAGGUGUCUUAGAAGAGGUUGUCAGCGUUAA